AUAUGACCAGCGCUUUGCUGUCAUUUAUGUUAUUCGGCACCAGUUAGCAAACCAUAUCGACUAACUUUAGCUUGUUCAGGGUUUAUUUUAUUUAUCCGACGAUGGCGACAUUGGUGGCAAACCGGGCGAUGGACGUCAACGGAUUGGCAGCAGCUGCGAGGACGCACACCCAGGCUGUGACCAGAAAUUACAUCUCUCAACCCAGGCUAACUUACUCCACUGUGUCUGGUGUAAAUGGACCCUUGGUGAUCUUGGAUAACGUGAAGUUCCCCAGAUAUGCUGAGAUUGUUCACCUGACCCUGCCCGAUGGCACCAAGAGGAGUGGGCAGGUCCUGGAGGUGAUUGGAAGCAAGGCAGUCGUCCAGGUGUUUGAGGGAACAUCAGGCAUCGAUGCCAAAAAGACGGCGUGCGAGUUCACUGGUGACAUCCUGCGUACUCCAGUGUCAGAGGACAUGCUGGGGCGAGUGUUCAAUGGCUCAGGAAAACCCAUUGACCGUGGGCCCAGCGUUCUGGCUGAGGACUACCUGGACAUCAUGGGUCAGCCCAUCAAUCCUCAGUGCCGUAUCUACCCAGAGGAGAUGAUCCAGACUGGCAUCUCAGCCAUCGAUGGCAUGAACAGCAUUGCCAGAGGACAGAAAAUCCCAAUUUUCUCUGCUGCUGGGUUGCCCCACAAUGAGAUUGCUGCUCAAAUCUGUCGCCAGGCCGGCCUGGUGCAGAAGUCCAAGGAUGUGAUGGACUACAGUGCUGAGAACUUUGCCAUUGUCUUCGCAGCCAUGGGGGUCAACAUGGAAACUGCCCGGUUCUUCAAGUCUGAUUUUGAGGAGAAUGGCUCCAUGGACAACGUCUGCCUUUUCCUGAACCUGGCCAAUGACCCCACCAUCGAGCGUAUCAUCACCCCUCGCUUGGCGCUGACUUCAGCAGAGUACCUGGCCUACCAGUGUGAGAAGCACGUCCUGGUCAUCCUGACUGACAUGAGCUCGUAUGCUGAGGCUCUCAGAGAGGUCUCGGCUGCCCGAGAGGAAGUGCCCGGCCGUCGAGGCUUUCCUGGCUACAUGUACACUGAUCUGGCCACCAUCUACGAACGUGCUGGCCGAGUGGAGGGCAGAAACGGCUCCAUCACCCAGAUCCCCAUUCUCACCAUGCCCAAUGAUGACAUCACCCAUCCAAUUCCUGAUCUGACUGGAUACAUCACAGAGGGUCAGGUCUACGUUGACAGACAGCUGCACAACAGACAGAUCUACCCACCCAUCAAUGUGUUGCCGUCACUGUCCCGUCUGAUGAAGUCAGCCAUCGGUGAGGGGAUGACCAGGAAGGACCAUGCUGAUGUUUCCAACCAGCUGUAUGCCUGUUAUGCCAUUGGUAAGGAUGUCCAGGCCAUGAAGGCUGUGGUUGGAGAGGAGGCCCUCACCUCUGAUGAUCUGCUCUACCUCGAGUUCCUACAAAAGUUUGAGAAGAACUUCAUCGCUCAGGGCCCGUACGACAACAGGACAGUGUAUGAAACCCUGGACAUCGGCUGGCAGCUGCUGCGAAUCUUCCCCAAGGAGAUGCUCAAGAGGAUUCCUCAGAGCACCCUGGCUGAAUUUUACCCAAGGGAGUCUGCUGCCCGUCACUGAGGCAAACUAAGGGAUGCUCUGGUUCUAGCCCCACUCUCCUUUCUCCCCAGCAUCCUCCUCUCCUGGUAUUCCUUUCUCUCAUCUCACCCUAGAGCCCUGUACUUGGAGGCCGAUGUUGCCGAGCCUUCACCCAUCUUAAACCUCACCUCCUCUUUCUCCACAGUUCUUAUUUCUGCCAGUACAUCUUCUUUUCAUCAAUCAACUCACCCCAACACCACCCCCAUUCUCCUACCCCGAAUGAGAACAGGGCAAUAAUCUCCCCCUUCUGUAGAUGUACUGUAGUGUAUCUGUGUCCAGACGUUGUGUAUGGAAAGUGUCUGUGGUUGUAAUGUCUACCCUUAAUUGCAAAAACGUGAACAUAUCCUUAAAAUUAUAGAUCAGUCCUUAUUUAUUGGGGUGUGUUACCGCUGGAUUCCCCUCUUGUUUUUAUAACUAAAUCCUAUGUAAUAUCAAUUUCUCGCUAAAAGCAAGAGGUUUCCAACCGAAGAAAGACGUGUGUGUGUGUAUAUAUAUAUAUAUAUAUAUAUAUAUAUCUGCAGGGGGGUUGUCAAAAUAACAAUGUCCCUGAAGUACAGUACCCCUGCACCCAGUACCAGUAGGUGAAGCUCAGAGUGGGGUUUUUAUUGAGACUGGCAGAAAGAUUUAUUCAGCUUGACUGUCAUUUUCUAAACUACAAAGCACCAUUUGAAUGAACAACACAAACUCACAGUUUCACCAACUGAACAUCAGAAAUGUGUGUUUCUCUCAUCCACUGCCUGGUUAUUGCUUAAUAAUAGGCGACCGCUGUAUUUUUUUCAUGUCAGUGACCUAAAGUUGGCCAUUACGCAAAUGUUCUCAUGUCAGCAUCCUCAACAUGACGAGGAAAGCAUCCUGAGUAAACAGAGAAACUUGGGACACAAGCAGAGUUGAGAUGUUUACUGUAUGCUGUCUGCAGUGGUUUCACUCUUUCUUCCCUCUUGCUUCCUCUACCGACUCUGGAAACUAUACAGUGGAUGUUUACAUUAUUUGUGUUUUGCUGUUUGAUUUGUGUUGCGAAAAAUGAAUAUAGCAGAGUAUAUUAAACAUUCCCAUCUGUCUGCAGAAACUAAUUCUUUGUUGUGAAACUAUAAUGGUUUUGUGUGUUUGUGUCCAUGAAUAAAUUAAGUAUACUGUU